AUGGACCCUGCGCUGGUCGAUGAUGCCUUCAUAAUGGACAUGCUACGCGGGGAGCUAUGGCUGACGGCGCGCACCAGCAAGACGCCGGAUACCAUGACCAUCUGGGCGAUGCCGGUGGACGACGACGGGGGCCAAGGCCAGUGGGAGCUGCGCUACUCCAUCGUCGGGUACCCGCUGCUCUUGUGUCCCCUGGCUCUUCUUCCGCCUAGCAGUGGUGAUGGCAGCAGUCGGGUCUUGUUCUAG